AUGGCGAAGAAACUCUGGACGAUGCUCGAAAACAACCCAGAGGUCAUGAACCAGCUUGCUCAGUCACUGGGCUUGGAUGACACCCUCGCUUUCUACGACGUCUACUCCCUCACCGAUUUAGACCUUCUGGCCUUCAUUCCACGUCCUGUCUACGCUCUACUUGUCAUUAUCCCGCUCACACCAACAUGGAAAGAGAUGCGACAGUCAGAAGACGAAGAUAAGCCGGAAUACGGCGGCAAAGAUGAAGACGACCCGGUCAUCUGGUUCAAGCAGACGAUCGGCAAUGCGUGUGGGAGCAUCGGCCUCGUCCACGCCCUGCUCAACAGUGAAGCCUCCAAACACAUCAAGCCAGGCUCAACACUCGACAAGAUCCGCAAAGAUGCACUUCCAAAGACGAUGUGGGAGCGUGCCAAGGUCCUAGAAGAUUCCGAUGAAUUCGAAAAGGCACAUGUGGAUGCCGCCAAGUUGGGCGACACAGCUGCGCCGACACCUCAGAAUAACGUGCACAGUGGACAGCAUUUCGUCGCGUUUGUCAAGGCGAAAGAUGGACAUCUGUGGGAGCUUGAAGGUGACCGCAAAGGCCCGCUCGAUCGAGGCGCGCUGAAGGACGACGAGGAUGUGCUGAGUGCGGCGGCACUGGAGAAGGGCUUAGGAAGAUUGAUCAGAAUCGAGUCGGAGAAGGGUGGGGAUCUUAGGUUCUCAGCUAUCGCACUUGCACAGAGCCUCGAUUAGAUGUGUCUCACUUCUUGUGUUGGCCAAAAGAGUACGCUGCCUCUAGUAGUGGCAGCUUUACCUUGAGGAUGCCUGAUGUAUACGGUGGGUGCUACUAUAACAGCUUGAGUCACAAGAAAGUAAUGGAAUUGAUGCAUC